AUGGAGAAGAGAACUAAGAAACUUAAAGUUCUCUUGGGAGAGAGAUCGCAAAAUAUCGGCGACCUGCUGCAGCCCGUACCUAGGCCCAACAUGGUGGCACAACGAGACUCCCGCUCAUCUGUAUCCUCUGCGGAGGAUACUCUUGAUGCCCCAGACAAUAUUCCUGAUACAGGGGACCUUAAUACCUCUUUGUCCACAGAGGACCUCAACACCACAGCCACCAAGGGGGAUAUCUUGGAUCUGAUGAAGAAUAUGAGAGCUUUCUUUAACGCAGACCUAGCAGUGGUGAGAGAAGAAAUCUCUGCAAUGAUGGCUAGAAUUCAAGUAGCAGAGGAAGAUGCCUCCUCCAUAGCCCAGAGACAGGUGUGUGCUGCAGAACAAACGACAUUACUACAAGCCACAAGCCACACAGCAAGCCCCAAUGGCAAGCUAAAUCAAUACAGGUUGAAAGCUGUCAUCGCCUGUCCACCUCGGCUAAAGCGCUGGCAGGAGCACCCAGGGAUGUAUUGA